AUGGCCUCGACCAAACCCAGCGCUCGCGGCGUAAGCAUCGCCAGCUUCACCAACAUGUUUACUGUUGGUACCGUGUACGCCCUUAGUAUCUUGCAAACCGAACUCCCAAGACUCUUUGACGAUGCAAUCCCCCACAGCUACUCAUAUUCCUUAUCCGCGGCGUUGUUGGCCGUUGCGUCGGUCUUAUUCAGCCAUGGAGUCGGGUUUAGUACACUCCCCGGUGUCAUCAAGAGUAGAGUUGAUGGAUCGUCUUUCGCGUACGAAUACGGCCUGGUCCUUACGACUUGGGGAUUGGCGGGUGUGGUGGGGAGUGGAAUCGAUGCGCUUGCUACGCCUGAAUCCGGCGAUUUUACUGCUGCUUGA